UAGACUAGCCUAUGAAUGACGAGCACACAUUCAAUAACACGUCGUUAGAGAGACGGCUGAUGCAAGCUCGUGGUAACUGUAGUGGUAUAAAUGUGACCGGGCCGGGCAUAACCCCGCCAUUCCACUCUCAACAAAGUCAAAAUAACAGUUUCAAUUUCUCUGUCAUCAUAAUGAUGAAAAUCGCCACUAAUUUCUUCAAGUCAGCGGUCAGUGUUUCUCAGGAGAUUGUUGGUGCUAGUGAGGGCUUGCUCGACAUACAACUUUUACCGCCGUCACGGAUACGAGAAAAGUCGUGAAGCACAACAAUGGAGUUGUAGCCGGGCUACCGUUUAGCCAUUUUAUAAAAAAUUUAGUAUGGGUGAUUCUUAGCGCAGAACACCAGUAGUUUUCUUCAAGUAGAAUCUAUUAUUUGCAUCUUAAUUUGCUUCACUUUUCUCAAGUACCAUUUUGCACUACUUGCAUUACUUUCUGCUGUUUAACAAAGACGCCUGUCUGUUUUUUUUAUAUCAUCGCAAAAAUUUGGCACUGAAGAAAAAUCACAUUCACAGUCGAUCUAGUACAUCUAGAUCUAGAAUAUCUAUAUUGCUUGAAUAUUAAGGAUACUGUUGGAUUUGGCGAUCUAUUUACGAUUUGGCAAGUUACGUUUUGGAAAAUGGGAAAAUUGAUGAAUACAAGCUACUUUAAUAAGCUUUGGGACAGCUUUCCUCCUGAGGCCCACAGUGUCUUUAUGGAUGCCUUCAUACAGAAUAAUCGCCUUGAUCAUGUUAGCCAAGUGAUGGGCUAUCACCCAGAUUAUUUACGAAACUUUCUCACCACACAGAAUUAUUUACUAAGAGAGGAUGGGCCCCUACCAUAUGAUUACCGACAUUACAUAGCCAUCAUUGCAGCAGCACGCCACCAUUGUACAUAUCUAGUAAAAUUACAUGAACAAGAUUUUCUGCUUCAUAAUGGAAACCCUGAGUGGUUAAAAGGUAUACAACAUGCCCCACGCAAGAUCCAAGACUUGUAUGAGAUCAACAAAAUUCUUGCACACAGACCAUGGCUGAUAACUAAAGAACAUUUAGUGAAACUGUUGAAAAGUUCGGAGCCCUGGUCCCUGUCAGAGCUGAUGCAUGCCAUCAUCCUACUCACCCACUUCCACUCCCUGUGUUCAUUUGUCUACGGCUGUGGGAUCAGUGCUGAGCUGGACAUCGAUGGCUUCACCUACAGCAGGUCUGGCAGCUCUGGGAGUGACUCAGAUUCCAACAGUGACACCAACAGCGAGACAGGGGAGACCACUAUCAACCACGUCCUGCAGCUGUUGCAGGACGAUGCCAGUGUGGGUCUGGAAGCUCUGAUGGAGAAGAUGAGGAAAUUAAAUGAAAACAACUCAGAAGAGACGAGUCCAGAAGAACUUCUCAAGAGAUUCCAGUCAGUUGAGCACCAGAGUGCUGAAAUUGCAGUACCAUCCACAAAGAAAUCCCCACCCAAAUCAGAAAUCUUGAGGUAUGUGAUAGAUGAAGAGUACACGUACACAGACUUUGUCACCCAAGACAAGGUCAGUGAGGUCCCCACCUUCAGGGCCUGCGACUACUCAUGGGAUGACCACGGUUUCCCACUGGCCAACAGGCUGUACACAGAUAUUGGCAAUCUGCUGGAUGACAAAUACUCAAUGGCUGCUAACCUAACUUACUACACAAUGGGUGACAACCGUGAAGUGGAUACAACUUCAUUUCGCCGGGCCAUCUGGAACUACAUCCACUGCAUGUAUGGAAUCCGUCAUGAUGAUUAUGAUUAUUCAGAAGUGAACCAGCUCCUGGAGAGAAACCUGAAGGCCUACAUCAAAACUCUGACCUGCUACCCUGAGAGGCUACAAAAGAAGGAUUAUGAUGGUGUGAUGAGAGAAUUCAAGCACUCAGAAAAGGUCCAUGUCAAUCUGAUGUUGAUGGAGGCUCGCCAACAAGCAGAAUUACUGUACGCAUUGCGAGCUUUGAACAGAUACAUGACAUAGUUAAUCUGACUGCCAGGAAGUCUCCCCAUCAUCUGCUUCACCCCAUGGGCUUGCAGUGGUUGUCAGUCUUCAGGACGGAGCUUGGAACAAAACAUCAAUUCCUUUCAAGGGGGCCGCAUUGUCUUUAAACUGUUGCAAGUAUUGAAAGACUGGUUCAAAGCCACUGAUUGGGUUUUACAAAAUGGCAUAUAUAUCUCAGCAUUUGUUCUACAUGACAACAGAAUACUGAAUGUUGUCGUUAUAAAUCUACAAGUAUGUGAUUUCUCAUCUUGAACCAUUUUUGGGUGAUGUAAAAUAUAACUUGGAGUUGCUCUAAGCAACAUUGUAUUAAUAUUGUCAAUUUUCUUUCCUAUUUUAAAUAUGAUUGUAGGUUUAAUUAAGGAAGUCUUACUUUCAGUGUUCAGACUAUUUUUCAUGAAUGCUAGGCUUUUUUUUUAUCAGGCUUGUUUAUUUGUAAGUUCAUUUUUUUAAAGUUUACAAUUUUACUACAGUUUUUGUUAAGGUUAUUCAAAAGGUAUUCUACCAAUAAACAAGUAACUAUUC